AAUAACAAACAAUAAUAUCAAACUACAAGUACUAAUAUGUCCACCACUUCUGUUUUCGUUUCCGGUGCCAACGGUUUCAUCGCACAACAUAUCGUCAAACAAUUGCUUUCCAAGGGUUACAAUGUCGUCGGGUCAGUGAGAUCUGAAGCCAAGGGUGAAGAAUUAAAAUCUCUAGUCAACAAUGACAAGUUUUCCUACGAAAUUGUCCCAUCCCUUACUGAAGACGGUGCUUUUGAUGACGCUCUUAAGAAGCACCCCGAAGUCACUGUUUUCUUACAUACUGCCUCCCCAUUCUCCUUCUCAGUCAAAGAUGUGGAAAAUGAUUUAAUGAAGCCUGCCGUUAGUGGUACCCUCAAUGCCCUUAAGGCUAUCAAGGAACAUGGUCCACAAAUCAAAAGAGUCGUGGUUACUUCUUCGGCUGUUGCCGUCUUCGGCUUCGGCCCCCAAUUCGAUGCCAACAAAGUAUACAAUGAAGAUGAUUGGAACCCAGUUACUUACGAGCAAGCUUUGUCAAACCCAAUGUUUGGAUACUUUGGUUCCAAGAAGUAUGCUGAAAAGGCUGCCCAUGAUUUCGUUGCCAAGGAAACUGUGAACUUUGGUAUUUCCUUCAUUAACCCACCUUACGUUUUCGGUCCACAAGCUUAUGCUAUUAAGGAUAAGACCACCUUGAAUACUUCUAAUGAAGUCAUUAACAAGGUUGUCAAGUUGACCAAGAACGAUGUACUCCCUGCUGAAGGUCACGUUUUCGUUGAUGUUAGAGAUGUCGCCCGUGCUCACUUGGUUGCUUUUGAAAAGGAUGAAGCUGUUCUGAAGAGAUUAUUGCUUGUUUCUGGAAGUUACACUCUUGACACAAUUGCUAAUAUUAUCAACAAGAAAUUCCCACAAACAACUGUUCCAAAGGGUGAUGAAUCUAGAAACCCAGAAACUAGCAAGAGAAUCCAUAAGUUUGAUAAUUCUAGAACUCAAAAGAUUCUUGGAUUUGAAUUCAAGCCUCUUGAGGAAUCUAUUAUUGAUACCGUUGACCAAAUUUACAAUGCUUAGUUUGUAUAUAUAUAUAUAGAGGUUUUUUAUAGGUAAAUUGAUUUGGUUUUGAAAAAGCACCUUAUACUUCCCGUAGACUAGUUUAGUUUUCAAUCACAAAAUUGAAUAGCAAGUAAAAAUUUAGUUGCUACAAAUUGUCUUUCGCUGUAGGCACUAGACUACUAGUAAAGUUACAUUAAGAUUCAAUUAAUUAUUAUACAUUACAAAAAUACCUAUUUCAAUUGGACGGUGUGCUCAACAACAUCUUCCUUACCAUCGGUUUCAGAAUCUUCUUCACCUUCGAGAUCUUCAUCAUGCUCAGCAUCAUAUUCCUUAAUACCAAACUUACCUUCCCA